GCCUGGAACAAACGAGGUUCUUUUUUGCUGCAAAAAAGAAAGCAGAAGCGUCGGGGACGAACGCCGUUUCGCGCGAGCCACCGCUCCCUUCCUCAGCAGCUGGCUACCCCUCCGCAGUGCAUUCGCUACUCCGAGUUAGCGCGGCCCCCCUCGCCGGAAUUGGCCAGCAGAGGGCUGACGAGGAGAGAAGCCUCCGAAGUUCUUGGGAGGGAGGCGCCUUCCCCCGUCACUCCGGCUCCUGCGAGGCUGGCUUCAUUCAUCCGCCGUGUUCCCUUCCCCCCUCCUCCCCGGGUCCCUCCUCCUCCUUGCCGCUCGCUUGGCUUGGCCUCGACUUCUCCUUCCCCUCUGCCGCCGCCGGCAACAUGUCCGAGCGAGGCGGCUUCUAUAAGCAGGACUUGAACAAGACCGUGUGGGAGGUGCCCCAGCGCUACCAGCACCUCACCCCGGUGGGCUCGGGCGCCUACGGCUCCGUGUGUUCAGCAUAUGAUACCAAAACAAGACAGAAGGUGGCAGUCAAAAAGCUUUCGAGACCUUUCCAGUCCCUUAUCCACGCCAGAAGGACUUACCGGGAACUUAGAUUACUCAAGCAUAUGAAACAUGAAAACGUUAUAGGAUUACUAGAUGUUUUUACACCUGCAGCAUCAAUAGAAAAUUUUAAUGAAGUGUAUCUUGUCACAAAUUUAAUGGGUGCUGACCUGAAUAAUAUUGUGAAGUGCCAGAAAUUGACAGAUGACCAUAUACAGUUUCUUAUAUACCAGUUACUUCGAGGACUUAAGUAUAUUCAUUCAGCUGGGAUCAUUCACCGGGACUUGAAGCCCAGUAACCUAGCUGUAAAUGAAGACUGUGAAUUAAGGAUUUUAGACUUCGGUUUAGCUCGGCAAACUGACGAUGAGAUGACAGGCUACGUGGCAACACGAUGGUACAGAGCCCCAGAAAUCAUGUUGAAUUGGAUGCAUUACAAUCAGACGGUGGACAUUUGGUCAGUUGGAUGCAUCAUGGCCGAGUUGCUGAAAGGCAAGGCCCUUUUUCCAGGAAAUGACUAUAUUGACCAGCUAAAACGGAUUAUGGAAGUUGUUGGAACACCUAGUUCUGAACUUCUCAAGAAAAUCUCAUCAGAACAUGCCAGAAAAUAUAUAGAAUCUCUACCAUAUAUGCCUCCACAGGAUCUGAAGGCAGUAUUUCGUGGUGCUAAUCCAUUAGCUGUGGAUCUCCUUGAGAAAAUGCUUAUACUGGAUAGUGAUAAGAGAAUAACGGCCUCGGAAGCACUUGCACACCCAUACUUUGUCCAGUAUCAUGAUCCCGACGAUGAGCCAGAAGCAGAGCUGUACGAUGAGUCAAUAGAGAAUAAAGAACGGGUUAUAGAUGAAUGGAAAGAACUUACAUAUGAAGAAGUGAUUAGCUUCAAACCUCCUGAUUUAAAGAUGGAUAGCCUUGAAAUUGAACAGUGAAACCCAGACAGCUGAUACCUGGGUCCUGCUGCACCACGAAGACUACUAAGCACAUAGCAUUGCGGUUUAAUUCUGCAUACUCUGAACAUUGAUUUUACUAUCCAAAGAUCCUGCAGGAGCUAUAGAAACGGUGAUAAAUAAUGCUGAAGAAAUUAUCUGGGAGUGCAUUUUGCCUUGUCCUGUGAAUGUAACAUUAAGACAUUCUGACCUAUGAUGCACUGAGGUUAUUUUUUUUUUAACUGCCUCCUUUGCAUGUCUCAUUUUAUCAGUUGUGAUGCCAAAAAUGAAGGUGAUUUUUAAUUACUGUUUCGAAAUUGUACAUCUAAAGCAUGAGUGUAUGUUAAAAUGAAAAACAGAAGUCCAUAUAAGCAACGUAUUGUUUUUAAGAAUUGCCCUGAUUCUAUAUUGUGUUUUUUCUUUCUGUUAUUCAUUUAUAGCUAGUGCCUUUAAGAAAAGGGGCCAGUGUAGCAAGUUAGACAUUACAUGUCACUGUAAUCAUGCCUGCAAUAGUUUCAUGAACAUGUUAGGAGUUUAUUGAGUGACUGAGCGUCAGUUGGAAGCUGAUCAAUAAAUCAUUGUUUUCUGA